AUGAUAGAAAACACCAGUAGCUAUGAAAACGAUUCGGACACGAAUUCAGAAAGCGCUAGCGCACGGACGUUUCCGACUGCACACGACGACGAUCUCGAAGAAUUACAACGGAAGUUCUUGUACGCGAUCAAAGCGUGCGAUAUCGUGACGGUCAAAGAUCUGCUGGAGAAAAGAAAAAGGAAACAAUUGGAUUUCGAUUUAAAUUGCAAAAACUACCAGGGCACGAACGGCUUGAACCUGGCCAUCCAAGUGAAUUGUGAACAAACGAUCGAUUUGCUGGUAUCGCAGCCCGGGCUCCAGAUCGGCGACUCGCUGAUGCACGCCAUCCGUGAAAAUCUCUAUUCGAUCGUUAUCAAGCUGUUGGACAUCCUCGAGUCAAAAGAUCCGGAAAAGGUCAAACUGGGUUACGAGCAUUCCAUCGAAUUCCCGCAACACCUCACGCCGCUCAUAUUGGCGGCCCAAUGCGGCCAUUACAAAAUUAUCGGCUUGUUGUUGAAACGCGGCCACACAAUACCGAUACCCCAUAAACCUCAGUGUUUUUGCAAAGACGUUAGUUAUUGAUUACCAACUAAGUUAUUUAUGUUUAUUAGAAAAGUAUGCCCGAGAGCUUUACGUUUGUCUAAUUCAAUCGGGGAGGGGUAGUAGAAUUUCACAAGUGGCAUUAUUGACACCCCACCCUAAUAUUUUACCGGUAUAACGUGUGCUCGGUACGUUUCUCAGGUGUGCAAGUCGUUGGCCCAGCUCAACGACGGUCUCGGGGCGUCCGAACUGAAACUGUCCGUGUUCCGCGCGAUCACUAAUCCGGCGUACAUCGCGCAAACGUCCGAAGACCCGAUAUUGACUGCUUUCCAGCUCAGCCAAAGGCUCAAGGAUCACGGGACCGUGGACCGGAUAUUCAAGUCCGAUUAUGAGUCGUUGGACUUCCAUACCAGGAUGUUUGCCGUUCACAUGAUCGGUCUGUGCCGGUCGUCUGCCGAGGUGGAACUGAUAUUGACCCGGCAAGAGGGGUGCAAUUUUUUCGGCUCGUUCCCCUACCAUCGGCUGGUGAUGGCCAUGGACCUGAAACAAAAAGAAUUUGUGGCGCACGCGUACGUGCAACAGAACUUGGAAACGGCAUGGACCGGUACCUGGCACGAAUGGAAGCGUUACGGGUCGGCAUACAAGAGCUGCAUGGUGUUCCCGCGGAUAUUGCAACUGUUGUUCAUAGCGGCGCUGUACCUAUUCGUGCCGUACUCCAAGUGGGGUCAACACUACGCGCUGCCCGUGAACCGGAUGCUCAACUAUUUGGCGUCGUAUACCGUGUUCCUGGCGAUACUCACGUACGAGAACAAUUUCAACAAGUUCGCGUCCACCAGGGAUCGGCCCAAUUGGACGUUGAAAAUCUGUAUUGUCGUGUACGCAACGUCGUUCGUCGUCCGGGCGGCCAAACUGAUCAUGCUGCAGGGGCCCAAGCGCUAUUUCAGUAUGCUGUGGAAUGUUUACGACUGCGCGAUGCUGAUCAUGCUAGCCGCGAUUUCCGGCUUCUGGUGGCUGUCGUACACGAGAACGUGGGCGGACGACGGCGGCGGCGCCGCGUCCGAACCGGUGGAACGGAAAUACUGGCAUCCGCUGGACCCGACGCUGGUCGCCGAGGGCCUGUUGGCCAUGGUCACGGUCAUGUCGUACAUGCGGUUGCUAUUCCUGUGCCAGUUAAGUUACGCCCUGGGCCCCAUGCAAGUGUCGCUGGGCAAGAUGACGGUCGACUUUGCCCGAUUCGCCGUACUGUUCGGCAUAAUCAUAGUGUCGUUCACCGCCGGCCUGUGCCGGUUCUACCAGUACUACGGCGGCAUGACGCGAACCGACCCGGCGACCGGUCUCCAAGUGGAGCAGGACGAAUCGUUCGUGGACGUGUUGUCCACGUUGAAAACCCUCUUUUGGGGCAUGUUCUGCAUGACUUCGUCUACGGCCGGGUCGGUAGUGAUCGAGAAUGCGGUUGCCGAUACCGAGACGAACGAGGAGUUCGCGGUCAACAACCAUUAUUUCACACAGGCCGUGGGCACGGCUCUGUACUCGUUUUUCGAGACCCUCUCGGUGGUGGUUAUGCUGAACAUGCUGAUAGCCACCAUGUCCAACACGUUCAUGCGGAUCACGGGCAACUCGUACAUAGAAUGGGUGUUCGGCCGGACGCAAGUGUUCCUGUCGUUUUCCGUGCAUACCGAACUGCCGCCGCCACUAAACCUGCUGCCGUCGGUCCACUGUUGCGUGGAAACGUCCGCGUGCCUGGGUAAGAGUUACCAGGGCGUGGCCAAUAUGAUGUCGACCAAAGGGUACCUCAAGCAACCGUACCCCAAAAAAGAAUUCGUUCACCUGAUGCGCAAACUCGUCAAACGGUAUUUCCGGGACAGACUGUCGUCUGCUUUUGUCAGAAAGUGCAAUCCCGUUUGUAGUUGA